GCUUUUAAGCAUGAACGGAAUUUCUUUCUUCUUCAACUGGCUUAUGCGGCGCAAACGGAAGGAUACACGGUCGGCCCUGGUUUCACCGUCCUGAUCUCAAUCACGGCGCGAAAUCACACCACGACCAGAUAAAAUUGCUCGCACUGCCAGUCGGUGAGCGAUAUCAUGAGUCUUCAAUCGACAUUCAUCGCACGUGGUCCACGGAUUCGAGAUUGGUUCACACCUUCAUCCUCACCGAUGGAGUCUAUGUACGAAAGAGGCGAAGAACACGACUUCAGAACCGGUGAAUCGCUGCAUCGACGUGAACAGUUUACAGGUCCGUACAAUGUCUCAAUCUCCAGAAGAGGUCAGAAUAUUCCGCACCACAUACCAUGAAGCCAGAUAUGACCAAAUCAAACCUCGAAAUAUGGUCGAAGAGAAACACUGGGUGCAUCAGAAUGAAACAUUUCCAGAGGUUACUAAUCUUCUUAAAAAGCAGAAGUUAAUCCAUUUCAAUGAUAAAAUCCAAACUGUUUCGCUGGAUCUGAUAUGAGAAUUCUAUGCUAAUGCACAACGGGUUACCUCUGAUGAAGAAGACCCAACAGAGAAUGAAGCAUUCGUUUCAUGGGUAAGAGGCAAGGUUAUAAAAUAUGAUUGGAAAACUAUUAACAGUGUGUUGAAGUGUAAAUUCUAUGAUUCUGUUUGUCCUUUUGCCGAAGCAAAACGUUCUGACAAAAGCACCUGGCCAUACAAUGAAAUAAAAGAUUCAAUGGCUAGGCCGGGUCGUGAUUGGGCACCUACUUAGAAGAUCUCUCCGGCAAAGAUUAUGGUUGUUGAUUUAGCUCCGAUCCCUAAGGCCAUGGCAUACUUUAUUCAUCACAAUUUAAGCACUAAUCGGGGCGGUUCUGAAUUGAUCUCGGAGCGUGCCCUACUUCUUUAUCAGAUCCUGUAGAAGAAACAGGUGAAUAUUGGACGGAUAAUUGCUGCUGAUAUGGAUGAGAUUGCCCAGUCACCAAAAAAAUCAUUAGGCCAUGCGACUGUGAUUUAUUUGCUGUGCAAAAAAGCUGGUGUUCCGGAUUUUCAAGAUUCAGAUAUGUUGCGACCUGCUGCACCGCUGAACUCCCAUUGGAUGAAGGAGAGGACGACCACAGAUGAUCCGCCCCGACCUCUGCGGCGACCACAUGACAGGGAGGCCAGCACCAGUGCUCCGCGUCAGGAUGCUCAGCCGGCUGCUACGGAGACACAGCCCCCUCAGCCUUCUCCGAUUGAUGAGAACUCUAGGGAGUACCGGAUGCAGAUGUCACAAUUUUGUGUUAUGCAGGAGUUCUGUUUUCAGUAUCGACUGUUAGGGAGAGUUCUUACCCAUCAGACAGAUCUUUGGGAGGAGGCACAACGCUUUAGAGAGAGAUUCUCCGGACCUCCUCCAGCACCUCACUUUGGACAGUUCACCUUUCCUUGGUGGAACCAGCCAGUUCAGAUAGGGGGAGAGAUUCCGCAGCAGCCGCAACAACCACCACACCAGACACCACCUCAGCAGCAGCAUACUCCUUCAGGCCACACGGAGACAUUGACGCCUAUCUCUGCCUUCGCACGGGGGCACACUCAGUUGGAUCCUACAGAGGAGAUUGACUUUGAUACUCAUAUGCAGGACGGUGGACUGGGUGAUUGACUUUGAUUAUGUUAUGUUUUUGUACUUUUGGUUUUUCUUUGUGUAUUUUUCUUUUUGGUUUAUUCGGUUUUUAUUUUCUUUUGCCUUGAUGUAAUCACCUAUUAUGGGUUGUCUUAAUCUAAUGAAUUUGAUUUUGUUUA